AUGAAGGCCCUACUGCUGGAGUCGGACAAACCCGUUUUGGCAGAAGGGUCAGUUUGCCACACCGACGGCGCCAAGGCCUACAGAGCGCUUGCAAGCCCAACAACUGAAGGACCUCUCGUUGACGGUAGCCUCACAAAGUUCGGGUUGAAGCUUGCACACACAGCAGUGAAGCACAAGCCUCCGCAUCCAGAGUUCACGAAGCGCUUUGAGGUCAAUGUCUGGACAGGUGAGUCUUUCGAGAAGCAAGUGAGACUUGGUGGCACGCAGAAGCUAGACGGUUUUUUUGCAAGUUUCCGCAGAGUUGUAGGACGGAAACCUUUUAACACUGUCGGAGCCUCAGACGAGUCAGCGCCGCGUAUGGAAGAGCUCAUGCAUUUCCAUACGCGUGCUUUUCAACUUAAGAUGUGGUUUGCAGGUUGUGACAUGUUUGCUGUCUACGGCAAAUUGCGGGAACUCGCAAGAGCCGGUGUAGACAAUGUCAAGUGGUGCAACUUGACGGAGUUCAAAGUUGCUUUCGAACCGCAGCUUGUACAGCGCAAUGUGAGUGAAGACCCGCAGUGCGAAGCUGUUGACGAUGAGAGCGAGCACAGCCUCCUCUUCGAGGAUGAUGAGUGA